GAGCAGGCCACACGCUACACUGAGAUUGGACCCACUUGCAGUGCAAACCACAAGCAAGAAGACUCCGAAGCCGGGAGUAGAAGUACCAACAUUUAUCUUGGAGCUUAGAGAGAAAAGACGAGCGACAGUUUGGUUCUACGGAUUGUCCGCUGGAGCUCCGACGCAAGCCAAUUUGUCACUUCGCUAUACGCCAGUUUCUCUGGAUAUAGCAGCUAAACAAAGUUGGUAGUAAACUCUUUGGAGUUUGGUUAGAGUCACUUUUUAAAUUCUUUGCUUGUGAGAGUGGACUGCACUGAAACUUGGGAUCGACCCGCCUCGGGUCGGGCUCGGACCUGGCGCAUCCUUUCCGCGGCUUUGAAGUCUGCGAAAGUUUUGGCCAGAACGCAGAUCUGAAGACAGCGAGUCGAGUCGAGUCAGACAGCAGCUGCUACCCGAGCCCUUCUCCGAGACACCCGGAUAGAGACCGGAUAGAGAGCCGCUGACGACGCUUAUCGCUUAUCGAGCUCCCUCACUGACACAGACAUCAAACAUCGUCUGAUGCGCGAAAACCUAUUGAUCCAUCGAAGUCUCAGAGAGGUUGUGAAGAUAAGUCCGAAGAUCUGCAACAAGUGCAGUUAACUUGCAACAAAGAAGUCGAAGAACCCGGUGAAGGUAGAAUUCACAGAGCAUUCCCCGUCCUCCACGGCCGACCCGAUGGCGCGGUCAGCUCUUAGCGGGCCCUGCGUGGCCCUCGCCCUGCUCUUCUUCGGUUUGACCUCCUGCACCCCCUCCGGCCCGGCCUCCGCCACCUGCGCCACCCUGGAGCAGAGCCGCUUCUUCGGCGUCUUCUCCUCCGCGACCACCCUGCCCUCCACGCCGUGCUCCUGGACGCUGCAGAACCCCGACCCCCGCCGCUACACUGUCUACAUGAAGAUCACCAAGCCCACCGACUCCUGCGUGCCCCGCCAGAUCCGCACCUUCCAGUUCGACUCCUUCAUCGAGACCUCCCGCACCUACCUGGGCAUGGAGAGCUUCGACGAGGUGGUCCGGCUGUGCGACGCUUCCACCAACGUCACCUACCUGGAGUCCACCAAGCAGUUCCUGCAGAUGCGCAGGGUGGCGCCCAGAAAUGGCCUGGCCGUAGCGGGUGGCGAGAACGACGUCAACGAGUUCAAGGCCGAGUUUCUGGUCGUGGGGAAGAGGAACCCGAGCAUGCCCGCCUGCCAGAUGCUGUGCCAGUGGUUGGACAAGUGCCUGUCCAGUAGCACCCACGAUUACCCCUGCGGCAUCAUGAACACCCCCUGCCAGUGCUGGGAGGCCCCGAAGAGGAAGCCGGGAAGCUGCUACAGGGGCGGGGUCUACGUCGAGAAGUGCCUUCCUGUGCCCAGGGACAGCGAACGUGACGCUGAGAUCAUCAAGGGCUGGUCCGGGUGGGGACGCUGGUCCGUGUGCAGCCAGGAAUGCGGCGGUGGAGUCCAGGUGCGCAGCCGGACCUGCCAGCCUGAGGGCAACGUGUGCAACGGCACCGUGGAAGAAGGCCGAGCCUGCAACCCCCAGCCCUGCAUCGGCAAAGGAGCAGCAGCCAGGAGUCAGGGCCUGCGCGCCAUCAUCGGCAUGAGGCGAGACAGCAUCGAAGAGUCCAACCACGGCGUUGUUGCGACCCAAACAGACGCUAGGAGCGACGAGUGGUCCUCCUGGAGCGCCUGCUCCGUCACCUGCGGCGAGGGCUGGCAGAGCCGCACCCGCGUCUGCGCCACCGCCUCCAUCAGCACCCAGUGCACCGGACCCCUGCGAGAGAACCGGCCCUGCAACAACACGCUGGUCUGCCCCGUGGAUGGCGCCUGGGACGAGUGGACCCCCUGGAGCCUGUGCUCAUCCACCUGCGGCCGUGGCUACCGCGACCGCACCCGCACCUACAAGCAGCCUCAGAACGGAGGAAAGGAGUCUCACGGCCCCACGAGGCAAACCAAGUUCUGCAACAUCGCCGUGUGCCCAGUGGACGGAUCCUGGAACGAGUGGUCCGCCUGGAGCCCCUGCUCCACCACCUGCUCCAACGGCACCAUGCAGAGAACGCGGGAGUGCAACGGCCCCUCCUACGGCGGCUCCGAGUGCCACGGCGGCUGGAAGGAGACGGCCAACUGCUUCCUGAAAGAUUGUCCCGUUGACGGACGCUGGCAUUCGUGGAGCGCCUGGGGCGGCUGCAGCAAGACGUGCGGUGGCGGCGUCCAGCAGAGGCAGAGGGCGUGCGAGGGGCCUUUCUUUGGCGGAGACCCCUGCCCCGGUGACAAGGGAGAGCAGAGGCGCUGCAAUGAGAAAAGAUGUCCUGAGCCCCAUGAGAUCUGCCCUGAGCAGAGCACCGGAGACGUGGUGUGGAAGAGGACCCCCGCCGGAGACAUGGCCGCCAUCGCCUGCCCCGCCGACGCCUCCGGCCUGAUCCUGCGCCGCUGCACUCUGGACGCCGUGGGCCUCGCCUCCUGGGAGAGCCCCACGCACGUCAAGUGCGUCUCCAGGAGCUACGAGGCCAUUCGCACGCUGUCGAGGGACUACAUCGCCAAGGCGCAGAUGGGCCAGAGUGUGGACGGACUCGCCGAGGUGAUUUCACGGCUGAGGUUCACGUCAGACGAGGGAGCCAGGUACAGCGGGGACCUUCUGGCCGCCAUGGAAACGCUGAAGAACACCACCGAGCUGUUCAAGGGAACCAGGCUGAGACUGAGCAACGCCGACGUGGAGAACUACGUCCAGACCGUGAGCAACUUACUGAAGGAGGAGCAUCGUGACAAAUGGGAAGAGGCACAGAUGAUGGGCCCCAGCAUCAAGGAGUUCCUUCACCUGGUUGAGGAGUUUGUGAACGUGAUCGGGACCCAAAUGAGCGGCUUCCAGGACAUUUACGAGGUCACCGAGAACUUAGUGCUGAGCAUCCACAAGCGCCCGACGACCACCAGCUCCAACUUCACCUUCCCCGUGAAGGGCUGGAGGGGCAUGCUGGACUGGGUCCGUACGUCUGAGGAGAAGAUCUCGGUGUCUCGCGAUGCUCUGGCCCUGGAGCCGUCAGAUGCCAACGACGCGUUUGUGACCGGCAUCGUCCUCUACAGGAACCUUGGCUCCAUUCUCUCCCUCCAGAGCAACACGUCCCUGCUCAACUCCAAGGUGGUGACAGUGAUCGUCAAGCCCACCCCAGCCCUCCUGUCAUCGCCCGUUGAGAUCGAGUUCCCCCACCUCCACAACGGCACCAUGAACGAGACCUGCCUCUCGUGGGACGAGAGCGAAACUUCCUCGCUGCUCGGCUCGUGGUCUGCUCGCAGCUGCAGAGCGGUGCCCGUUCAUUCGCACAGGACCAAAUGCGUGUGUGACAGCCUCUCCACCUUCGCCAUCUUAGCGCGCAUCAACUUCGACUCGAUCAUGGACAAGGCCCUGCUCCCGUCCGUCACCCUCAUCGUUGGCUGCGGGGUCUCCUCUCUCACCCUGCUGCUCCUCAUCAUCAUCUACGUGUCGGUGUGGAAGUACAUCCGCUCUGAGCGCUCCGUGAUCCUCAUCAACUUCUGCCUCUCCAUCAUCUGCUCCAAUGCCCUCAUUCUGGUCGGACAAACCCAGGCCCGUAACAAGGUGGUGUGCACGCUGGUGGCUGCUUUCCUGCACUUCUUCUUCCUCUCCUCCUUCUGCUGGGUGCUGACAGAAGCUUGGCAGUCCUACAUGGCUGUCACUGGUCGUCUGCGCAACCGCAUCAUCCGCAAGCGUUUCCUGUGCCUGGGUUGGGGGCUCCCUGCGCUGGUGGUGGCUGUGUCUGUGGGCUUCACAAAGGCGAAGGGAUACGGCACCGUCAACUACUGCUGGCUCUCUCUUGAGGGUGGACUCCUCUACUCCUUCGUCGGCCCCGCUGCAGCCGUUGUGCUGGUGAAUAUGGUCAUUGGGAUUCUAGUGUUCAACAAGCUGGUAUCCAAGGACGGCAUCACCGACGUGAAGCUGAAGGAGCGAGCUGGGGCGUCUCUGUGGAGCUCCUGCGUGGUCCUGCCUCUCCUGGCCCUCACCUGGAUGUCUGCUGUCCUGGCCAUCACAGACCGCCGCUCGGCCCUGUUCCAGAUCCUCUUCGCCGUCUUCGACUCCCUGGAGGGCUUCAUCAUCGUCAUGGUUCACUGCAUCCUGCGUAGAGAGGUUCAAGAAGCUGUAAAGUGCAGAGUAGUCGACCGCAAGGACGACGGCAAUGGAGACUCUGGCAGUUCUCAUCACAACGGCCACACCCAGCAUAUGCAGUCUGAUAAUGAAAAGGACGGAGAUUCAAGCAGACAAGGAAUGAAGAGCUCGUCUGAAGAGAAGAUGCCUCCUCCUCAGCUGCCGCUCCCCAUGGGCUCCAACUUCCACACGCUGCCCUCCAACCCCAACAAAGGCCACAUGCAGGCGGUCCCCGAGUAUUCCAGCCACACCCUCACCCUGAAGCGAGAGAAGAGCCGCCUGGCCGGAGGAGUGGACCCCACCUGCGGGAAGCCGGUGUACGUGUGCGAGGGGGAGCUUUUCAAGCAGCUGGACGCCGACCUGGCGCGGGUCCAGGCGGAGGGCAGCAUGUCUGACGGCAGCGGCUACGUCCUCAUGCCCAACACCACCUCCACGCUGAGGUCCAAGCCCAAAGACGACCCCACCAAAUACAACAUCAGCGUGGAGCAGCUGCCGCAGGCCAGGCUCAUGCACCUCGGCGGGCCCUUCGCCGAGCCGCAGGCCGCCUUCGGCAUCAAGAGCCUCCCCCCCGACCAGGUCAGCGUCUCGUACUCGGAGAGGGACUCGCCCAUCCAGAACAUCCACAACAUGUCGAGCGAGUCGCACAUCACCCACAGCAGCCUGGAGAACACCUUCGAGUCCAUGAACUCCAUGAUGUCCAAGAGCGAGACCAUCUCCACGCUGUCCAUGAGCUCACUGGAGAGGCAGAAAUCCCGUUAUGCUGAGUUGGAUUUCGAGAAAAUAAUGCACACCAAGAAACGCCACCAGAACAUGUUCCAGGACCUGAACAGGAAGCUACAUCACGCUGAGAAGGACCGAGAGUCUCCUGCGUCCGACAGCAAGUCUGUGAGAUGGAGUGUGUCUUCAGGAGGAAGUGACAAAACGAAUCACAGCGACAAGCAGCAGCCUCCUAUGGAGAGGUCCUGGGAGGGAGUCCGGGGAAUCCCGCAGUCGCCCCCUGCAUGGGUGCGCAAGGACCUGGAGCCCCUAGCUGCCUCGCCUCUGGAGCUGCACUCUGUGGAAUGGGAGAAGACCAGCACCACCAUCCCACUGGUGGGACAGGACAUUAUCGACCUGCAGACAGAGGUCUGAGGGGGAGGAAGGAGGCUGGAGAAGCCACCUGAUUUCACCUCGGUCACCGUUUUGGUUUGGGAAUGGGAUCCUUUACGGAUAGAGUAGAGGAAUCCAGGAAAGGGAGGAAGUAGGUCCCAGAAUCAAAGUCUUCAAACCCUCAGUCAGAUCAGGAAGGAGGAGAGGGAGGUGGGAGUGGGAGUGGGGGCGCUGGGAUGUUUAAUGUAGCUUCUCUGCCUGGACUUUGAGCAUCUCGUGUCCGAGUGCUCUGACUGGCGAAGGGUGGGGGGGUGGAGCGCGUGGUUUCCAUGGACCGGGACUGGCUGUGGUCCCAUUAACGCUCCACCGGGUGUUCCCGAACCCUUCAGCCCGCGUUCAGAAGAUGUGGUCGACAUGUCCGUGCUUCUUUUUUCCUUCAACUCAGCUGGGGAGAAAAACGAACUGAUAUUUGAACUCCGCACGCUCCCUGCUUCCCGGGAGGCGCACACGAACUCUUGGCCGCUCCGCUUCGAGCCAAGUUACCUUCCACAAAGAGGCGCAAUUUCAUGCUUGGAGUCCAACACGCUGCGUUUUGGUAGAUGGGCACACAAUCAUUUUUGUUUUAGUGCCGUGGGUGGUUUUAUUUUACUUAUCAGCUUGUGUGUUUAUUUGUACCGCUUUAUAGCCAGAACUGCUUCGACAGAGCUGAAUAUUAGACUCCUACUGGAGAGCAAUCACGCUGAUAAUGCUUAUCACUGCUGGUACAUGAUUAUGAUUGCUAUUGUCGUUAUUUAAUUUAUAGCCUAUACUUUGAUUUUUCAUUCCCCUCAUGAGAGUCAGGCACAAGAAUUGUUCAUUGUGCUUCGACAGAAAACAAUGCAGUGCAUCUUUAAUGUGUUGUGAGCCCAUAUGGACUGCAUUGGGACAAACACGUUGAGUGGUGAUGGAGGUGUUGGUUAGUUGACCAACGUGCCCUGGUUUCUCCAGCUUUCCGCUUCGAAACCAAAACACCAGCGACAGGAUGAACAAAGACUCUCACACUGGAAGAGCAGUGCACCCUGGGAAAAAAACAAAAAAAGCAAAGCUGGGUGGACGUAGGGGGA